GGUCAAGGUCGCACAAACUCGAGCACUAGAUGUCUGUAAUUUAAUUUUAAAACAUGGUUAGCUUAGGGGAUCAGAGAAGGCAGGGAGGAGUUUUCUUUGAUAGGGAAAAUUCAAUCAACUAUGAUUCUGACGAUCCUUUGUUAGACUCUGUGGUUCUCUCUGCUGACUACACUCCCCCAUUUUACAAGAUUCCUAUCACGUGGGCACUGGCCUUGGAACUGCUGAUUAUGGUUGGCAUUGAGGUGAUUACAUUUGUGGUUCCCCUGUACUGUCCCCCAGGGGACGGCAAGGAUGACCCCCCAGUCUGUGGACUGUCAUCGUACGCCAUCACUAUAUAUACUCAUGCCUGUACCUGGUUCGUGUUUCUACUAUUUGACAGAUACAAAAGACAUCACCAUAAUGUGAACCGCUACAGGGGGUAUUUAGAAUUCUACAGGAAAACGAGGAACAUAAGAAGGGCACCACUACUUAUUAGUUCUGGAGCUCAUGCAAUGUUGACUGUGUUAGUGAUGCUACUACAAGACUACUGCCACUCUGACACAGCAUGCUCCAGUCUUCAUCUCACUCGAACAAACUUCCUGCAGAUAGCUGUGUCCAUAGAAGUGGCUGUUAUGUUGCCCUGUAUUAUAGUACAUAUAGUUCAUACAGUCCGUUUUAAUCGCCAGAGGGCUCCACCUGAUGUCCAAAGAGAAGACAUGUCCUCAUAUCUUCACUCUCACUCUGACACGGGUUUCAGGGAGGAAGAUUACUUGGAUGAAGUACUGGAGAAGCAGGCAGACAUGAUCAAAUAUUUAAAACAACACAAUGCAAACUUAGGCAAGAAAAUACUGCAACUCACACGCCAGCUAAAUGACAGCGGCUCACGACCUGUGAACCCAAGUUAAAUGUACAUUUUGAUUUAUGGAAAUGAAUGUUUAAAUUUUGCUGACCACUUUGUGUUCUUCUCAUUGGGGAUGCAUUAUAGUCUACAGUGAUAAGUCAAAGUCGAAACAGCAAAGUUUGUGAUCAGUUCUUUAGCAACUGAAAAGUUCACUUAAUCGUGGAGGAGGAAAAUGGCUCACUGUUAUGGAGAAUUUAAGACAGACUUUACGUUGAAUUAUCUGAAAUUUUAACUGCAUUUCUACAGCAUUAUCUUGAAGACCUGAAUAUCCAUCAUGAAUUGUGACUUUAAACUUACAAACUUUUGAUUUGUAUGGAUAUAUUAAAGAUUUUAGUAAGGCGUACAAUUUUGUAUGACAAUAUAACUGUAAAGAACAUUUAUGAAUGUGUUAAACUUAAUAUUGACAAUAACUUGAAAGGGAGAUGCACUGCAUUUUUAUUUAACUUCCAGGUAACACCUUGAAAGCUUUCUGUGUAAACAAUCUAUCUGCAUGUCUAUCAGAUAUAAAUGGUUAAAGCUUUA